AUGAAAAAAAUUGAUAAGAUGGAGGAAUUAGGCUUAUUACCAUCAAAGCCCCUUACAGUAUCAAAACAUGAACACCAUCAUUCAGAACAAGAUCUCUAUAUCAAGAUGAAGAAUCUAGAGAGUAAAUUGGACUUUUUCAACAUUCAAGAGGAAUACAUCAAAUAUGAGUAUAAAAACUUAAAGAGAGAGCUUUUACAUGCACAAGAGGAAGUUAAGCGUAUUCGUUCCGUUCCAUUGUUGAUUGGUCAAUUAUUAGAAAUGGUAGAUACCAACAAUGGUAUUGUUCAAUCAACAUCAGGAUCAACAUUAUGUGUUCGUAUUUUAAGUACAAUCGAUAGAGAGUUAUUGAAACCAUCGGCAUCGGUUGCUCUCCAACGUCAUUCAAAUGCAUUGGUCGAUACACUCCCACCAGAAUCGGAUUCGAGCAUCCAUUUGUUGGGCGCCGACGAGAAACCAUCCGAGAGUUACUCUGACAUUGGUGGUAGCGACAUUCAGAAGCAAGAAAUGCGUGAAGCCGUCGAGUUGCCACUCACUCACCACAAUCUUUAUAAGCAGAUCGGUAUCGAUCCACCAAGAGGUGUGCUGCUGUACGGUCCACCGGGCACCGGAAAGACCAUGUUGGCCAAGGCCGUUGCACACCACACCAGUGCAUCGUUCAUCCGUGUCGUCGGCUCGGAGUUUGUACAGAAAUAUUUAGGUGAGGGACCGCGUUUGGUGCGUGACGUCUUCAGACUGGCCCGUGAGAAUGCACCGGCCAUCAUUUUCAUCGACGAAAUCGACGCUAUCGCCACCAAGCGUUUCGACGCGCAGACCGGUGCUGAUCGUGAAGUUCAAAGAAUUCUCAUGGAGCUGCUCAAUCAGAUGGACGGUUUCGAUGUAUCUGUAAAUGUAAAAGUAAUUAUGGCAACCAACAGACAGGACACACUUGAUCCAGCACUUUUGCGUCCAGGUCGUCUCGAUCGUAAGAUUGAAUUCCCACUACCAGAUCGUCGUCAAAAGAGACUUAUUUUCCAAGUUAUCACAUCAAAGAUGAAUUUAUCAGAUGAAGUUGAUUUAGAAGAUUUUGUAUCAAGACCAGAUAAGCUAAGUGGUGCUGAAAUUCAAUCGAUUUGUCAAGAAGCCGGUAUGCACGCAAUCAGAAAGAACCGUUAUGUUAUUCUAUCGAAAGACUUUGAAAAAGGUUAUAAGUCAGCAAUCAAAAAGAACACUCACGAAUUUGGAUUCUAUCAAAUUUAA